AUGCCGGUCCCAAUCAAGAAGAGCAGGCCCCAUUGUUACGCGGAUUCACCCUUCGUGGACAAGAUCGCCCUAGCCGACAUGCCUCAGAAGUUCACUAUCCCCAACAUGAAAAUGUACGACGGCACAACCGAUCUGAACAAUCACAUAGCCUCGUACAAGCAGCGGAUGUUCACCGUCUCAAUACCCCGACUGCUUAGGAAAGCCUGCAUGUGCAAAAGUUUCGGUUCGAGCUUACCCGGCCCAGCACUCCAAUGGUACACGAACCUCCCAAACGGAUCCAUCGAUUCAUUUGCUCAACUCACCGACACGUUUGUGGAACAGUUCGCCAGCAGCAAGAAACUCGAGAAGCUAUCAGCCGACCUAUACAAAGUAUACCAGAAAAGGGGCAAGCCAUUGAGAGAGUAUGUCAACAGGUUUAACAAAGAGAAGAUCUCCAUCCCUGCAUGCAACCUUGAGACAGCCGUAGAUGCCUUCAGGAAGGGCCUCCUCCCAAACGGAGAGCUAUACAAAGAACUUACAAAGCUGGGAUGCACAACAAUGGAAGAUGCCCUGGCCCUGGCAGUGAUCCAAAUAAGAUGGGAGGAGGAUGAGAUAAACCGAACGAUUCACUCCAGAUACGAUUCAAGGCGGAAUGACAGGAAACCAGAGCACAGGCCAACGGAGCACCGCUACCAACCCCCAACACGUAAUUCAAGCAGAGUCAAGAAAUCGUAUGAUCGUCAGCCAACGAGAACCGAGAGCAGACAGUUCGGAUCGAACCGGUACAAAAUACCGGAGUACAGCCUCAAUGUCGAGCCAACCCAGGUGUUCGCAAUUAUGAAAGGAAUGGGAUCCACCGUUAAGUGA